UCGAGUAGUUCGAAGGAGAAUGCGCCACCGCAGAUGGCGGAUUUGAAUCAAGUUGCUGCGGUGGAGUAUUUCUCCCCGUCAGAUCCAAGAAAACCAUCGCCAUCGCCCAUGACAGUGGUGGCAGCGGCGAAGAUUAGAUCUCCACUUCCGCCUCGGCCUCCGCUUAAGAGGAAGCACGGUAUGGAGGCUUCGGGAUCUGAGAAAGGGCCAAAUCCGGCUUCUACUGAUUCUGGAGUAAAAGUUAUAGUGCGAAUGAGGCCACUAAACAAGGAUGAGGAAGAGGGAGAAAUGAUUGUCCAAAAGAUCUCUAAUGAUUCUUUGUCAAUAGCAGGACACACCUUCACAUUUGACUCUAUUGCUGACUAUGAGUCAGCACAGAUUGAUAUAUUCGAGCUUGUUGGAGCUCCUCUUGUGGAAAAUUGCCUUGCUGGCUUUAAUAGCUCUGUAUUUGCUUAUGGACAGACGGGUAGUGGAAAGACUUAUACAAUAUGGGGACCAGCCAAUGCCUUAGAAGAAAAUAUAUCAAAUGAUCAACAAGGCCUAACACCUCGUGUUUUUCAGCGGCUUUUUUCGCGAAUUAGUGAGGAGCAAACUAAGCAUGCAGACAAACAGCUCAUGUAUCAGUGUCGAUGUUCUUUUCUUGAGAUUUACAAUGAACAGAUAACUGAUUUAUUGGAACCCAGUCAAAAAAACCUUCAGAUCAGAGAAGAUGUUAAAACUGGUGUUUAUGUUGACAAUUUGACUGAGGAAUAUGUGUCCACAAUGAAGGAUGUAAUACAGCUUUUGAUUAAGGGAUUGUCAAAUAGGAGAACUGGGUCCACUAGUAUAAACGCAGACAGUUCACGCUCCCAUAGUGUAUUUACUUGUGUUGUUGAAUCACGAUGCAAGAGCAUCUCUGAUGGGUUAAGCUGCUUGAAAACAAGUAGAAUAAAUCUUGUUGAUCUUGCUGGAUCUGAAAGACAGAAGCUCACAGGUGCAGCAGGAGAGCGCUUGAAGGAGGCUGGAAAUAUUAAUCGAUCUCUUUCACAGCUGGGGAACUUAAUAAACAUUCUUGCGGAGGUUUCACAGACAGGAAAGCAGAGGCACAUCCCGUACAGAGAUUCCAAGCUGACAUUUCUGUUGCAGGAAUCUCUCGGAGGAAAUGCAAAACUUGCAAUGAUAUGUGCUAUUUCUCCAGCACAAAGGUGUAAGAGUGAGACCUUUAGCACACUAAGAUUUGCACAGCGUGCAAAGGCAAUCAAGAACAAGGCAACAAUUAAUGAAGAAAUGCAGGAUGACGUAAAUGUGCUUAGGGAAGUCAUCAGGCAGUUGAAGGAUGAACUGCUGCGCAUGAGGGCCAAUGCAAAUCAGACUAACCAAGAUGGAAAUUAUUCGAAAGGGUGGAAUAUUAGAAGAAGCUUGAAUCUCCUGAAUUUUAGCCGUAAUUGUGCAAUGGCUUUACGUCAUGGAGAUGAUGAUAGUGAUGAGGAAAUGGAAAUUGUUGACCAAGAUGAAGAACUUCGUCUCCAAUCAGCUGGUGAUGAGCAAAGCAUUGGUUUGGAUGUCAACCAACCAGACUCUGUAAUAAAAACUGCUCAGCUUGUGGGCUUUGAUGAUGGAAUGUGUGAGGGACCACAAUGUAAGACAUCUAGUGGAGAACCAGUUCUGGAGGACGAUGUUAACAUGGAAGAAGUAGAUGAACAAGUGGACAAGCACGAAGUCAGUGGUGUAGUAGCAAACUUGCCAGAUUAUUCCAACUCUCAGAAACAAAAUUACGAUAACUGCAGUGAAAGAAAUGCUGAAGAUAAUCUGGUCACCUCACCAGUCAAUGGACUUGACAAAAUUUUGUCUGAACGGCCUAAUGAGGAAAAUGUUGACAUUUCUGUCUGGAGUUCACGGAAUGAUGAUCCAUCAAGAAGACUAGCAGUGGAAGAUACAUCAAAGAAAUUUGAGUUGGACAACAAACUCAACGGCACACCUUGCACAUCUCCAAUGUGCUUUGAGGAGGAUACAAUAGCUUCCACUGAUCUCAGCAUUGUCCCAUGCAAUGUGUCUCCACCUCUAAAAUCUCCAACUCCAAGCGUUUCACCGAAAGUUAUUAAUAGUAGUAGGAAAAGUCUAAGAACUUCAUCGACACUAACUGCUUCCUGCAAAGAUUUGGCUAACGAUAACUUGGAGCCGGAACCUCCAUGUUUAUCCUUUGCAAAGCCCUCAAAUAGCAUCUGUCUAAAUAUGUCAGGUCAAAGACGUAGAAGUUCGAAACCAACUCAGCAAUUGGCUGCUAGUCUCCAACGUGGCCUUGAAAUUUUGGAUGGUCAUCACCAAAGUGCAUCUAUAAGGAGGUCCACUUUCAGAUUCUCAAACAGAUUUGCUGAUGUCAAAGGACUUGUGCCAACUGCCAAAGUUGAUGCCGGUGUUCAAACACACAUUUCUGAAACUGAAUCAGUGCAAGAGCACUCAAUUUUGACUGUGUGCAGCAAAUGUAAGAGGAGGAAUUCCCAUGAAGAACUUAAAGAUGCCAAUGAUAGCUCGAAUUUGCAGCUAGUUCCCAUCGACGGAUCACAAUCCAGUGACAAGUUCAAGACACAGGUUCCAAAAGCUGUUGAAAAGGUCUUAGCAGGAGCAAUACGCAGAGAGAUGGCACUGGAAGAGAUAUGUGCAAAACAAAAUUCUGAGAUCAUGCACCUUAACCGGCUGGUCCAGCAAUACAAACAUGAGAGAGAAUGCAAUGCAAUAAUUAGUCAAACACGGGAAGAUAAGAUUUUUCGCCUUGAGAGCCUCGUGGAUGGUGUCCUACCCACUGAAGAGUUCAUGGAGGAUGAAUUAUUGUCUCUGACUCAUGAGCACAAGCUUCUGAAGGAAAAGUAUGAAAACCAUCCAGAAAUUUUAAGGACAAAAAUUGAGUUGAAAAGAACUCAAGAUGAGUUGGAAAGAUAUCGAAAUUUCUUUGAUUUGGGUGAGAGGGAUGUUUUACUGGAAGAGAUCCAAGACUUGAGAAACCAACUGCAGUUAUAUGUAGAUACUUCGCCAAAAUUGUCAAGAAAAAGAAGUCCUUUAUUACAGUUAACAUAUUCAUGUCAGCCUAGCUUGGCUUCAACUUUGUGCACAGCUCCAGAGUCUAAGGAAGAGAGUGCAGAAGAAAGGCUUGAACAGGAAAGGGCUCAGUGGACUGAAGCAGAGAGUAAGUGGAUUUCUCUGGUUGAAGAAUUGAGAUCAGAACUAGAAGCUAGCCAGGCACUACUGGCAAAGGAAAAGCAAGAACUAGAUUCAGAGAAGAAAUGUUCAGAAGAGCUGAAAGAAGCAAUGCGGAUGGCAAUGGAGGGACAUGCUCGCAUGCUUGAACAGUAUGCUGAACUUGAAGAAAAACACAUGCAGCUACUUGCGAGGCAUAGGAAGAUUCAGGAUGGAAUAGAAGAUGUCAAGAAAGCUGCUGCCAAGGCAGGAAUAAGAGGUGCUGAAUCUAAGUUCAUUAAUGCUCUUGCUGCAGAAAUUUCAGUGCUCAAGGUUGAAAGGGAAAGGGAGAGGAGAUAUUUCUGGGAUGAAAACAGAGGUCUUCAGGCUCAACUAAGGGAUACUGCUGAAGCUGUACAGGCUGCUGGUGAAUUACUUGUACGGCUUAAAGAUGCUGAAGAAGCAACUGCUGUGGCUGAGAAGCGAGCCACAGAGGCACAGCAAGAAACUGAGAGAGCUUACCAAAAGAUAGAAAAAUUGAUGAGAAAACAUGAAGAGGAGAUCCGUGUAUUCAAUCAGUUACUUGCAGAUUCUCAUCUACCUAAAGAAGCAGUAAAGCCUGUCUAUGAUGUAUCUGAACUGGUAACAGGCGAUGCUGGAGAGACACAGAGUACCGGUGAGCAGUGGCGUGAGGAGUUUGAACCAUAUUAUAAUGCCAAAGAAGAGGAGUUGUCUAAAUUAGAACCAUCUUCAUGGUUCUCUGGGUACGACCGAUGCAAUAUAUAGGCAUCUUACCUUUGCAAUGCCAAUGUUGUAUGUAGUAAUAAUAGCUUUGUUUAUACAGAUCUUAAAGUGUGUUGUUGAUUUACACAUGUAAUUCAAGUUGUCUCACCAAUUGUGAAGUCAAUUACAACUCUGUUGGGAAUGAAGA